AUGGGUCACCACGCAGAUUACUCCGAGUUCCAUGCUCAAGCGGACAAAAAGGAGCUCUUACAGCAAGUUGCGGACUCCUACAAGAGUCUCACUGAGGGGCAAACUAACUGGGUUUGUAACUUGGCCAAUUGUAGCUCAUUACUGUGGCACUGCUACAACGAGGGACUUUCCAAACGAGUGAAUUGGGCAGGUUUCUAUGUACUCGAUCCAGAACACAAAGAUCAGCUUAUUCUGGGCCCAUUUAUGGGCAAGGUCGCAUGCCAGACUAUCAAAAUCGGACUUGGUGUAUGCGGAACAGCGGCAAGCACGCGAAAAACUCAACUCGUGGAGGAUGUCGAGAAAUUUCCUGGACAUAUAGCCUGCGAUGGGGAGACUAAGAGCGAAAUUGUGGUUCCCAUUGUAGCUGAUGGACGACUCGUUGGCGUUUUGGAUAUUGAUUGUCUGGAACUGAACGGGUUUGACGAAGACGAUCAAAGAUACCUCGAAUUUUUGUGUCAAGCGAUCAGCGAAACAUGCAGCUGGAAAAAUUAG